AGGAAUUCAAACAGAACUACUUAAACGACCCAGCUGUAUUAUUUAAAACAAGACAAAACUGAAUCUUUGUAACAAUAAAUCUUUCAAAUCGUUUGAAAUUUAAAAGUCUUUGCGUUAUUUAAAAAUCCGAGUUAUAUUCCGCUCUGUUUCGCGGGACAUUGUUCUUGAAGAAUUUUGAAUAUUUUCAUAAUUAUUGCAGGAAACAGCUUCAUUUAGGUGUUGAACGUGAUAUUGAACGACAAGAACGUCGAAAAGCACAAAAUUUGUAUAUGCUUGAACAGCAGAAACAUUUAACUAAACAAUUACAAGUUCAAGAGCGGGAACAACUUCAAACUUCGUAAGCUGUUAGGAAGUAUCCUAUCCAAUGAACGUAAUGACUACUGAAGAACCAGCAGACCAACCAGACUUAAUUUGUGUGGAAGAAAGUUUAAUGAGUUUAGAAAAGUUAGAUAGAGCAUCACCGGAUUUAUGGCCUGAACAAAUUCCAGGUGUAAAUGAGUUUGUUGCUCAACAUUCACCACAAACUGAGCCAUCAUCCUGGGCUUCCGGUCUCACACCAGAUGAUAUAAAUCAGUUGCAUCAAUUGGGAAACUUAUCAAUGAAUGGUUUAAUAUCUGAAGUAAAAAAAUUACACGACAUGGCCUAUCAAUUAGGAUUGGAAGAAGCAAAAGAGAUGACACGUGGGAAGUACUUAAAUAUUUUCAAGCAUAAACAAUAAAACUUCAUAUUUAAAAAAUUGUACAUAGACAAAGACUGAUGGGAAGUUGAUAUUAGAGUUGCAAUUGGAUGUAAAAUAAAUUACCUAAUUCUAUGUACAGGGUGUUCGUUAAUGGGUGAGCAACCUCCGAGAGCCGAGUUCGACCGUGGUCGCGAACAAACUACUAUUUGGCUACCACCCCCUCAAAGAUUGCC